AUGAAAAGCUCGCCUUCACCUGAAUCGACCAAAGUUUUUGAAGAAUUUUUCGAAAAAAAGCAAGAGAGUUCUCCUCCAGAGUUAAUGCCAAUCCAGCACAAAACUUAUAAUUCAUUCAAGACGAUCACGGACUUGCAGCACAUCUUAAGGACAGGAGGAUCGAUGUUUCAUAAGAAGAGCUCUGUAGCUUCAAAUGGGUCUGACGGAACUGACAAUGCAAGUUGCAGCUCUUCAGUUGGAGGUAGAUUGCAGUGAGAGAAAUUGAUUUAUUGGUGAAUGUGGGUCAGGAAGAUAUAAAGACUAAUUUUAUUAAGAUAUUAUAAUAGCUUUAAACAAAAAUUGUUGUUUUUGAGGUUAAAAAUGUUGAAAUUGACGCCUUUUGGAGAAUUAGGAGCUAAAUAUGCAUGAAAAAGUUUUGGGGCUGAUAAGAACGAGUGAGGAUGUUUGUCUUUUUGCCUUUUGCGUGGUUAGUCAUGUCAUAAAAUCACUAGUAAACUUGGAUUUUAAAUUAUUUUUUUUUGGAAAUUCAAAUACAUUUUUUGUGCCAUAGUACCUUCCCAUAACGUACUCUAUUUGCAGAUGCUAGAAAAGAAUACAAUUCGCAAGUUUUCAUAUAAAUUGGAUUCAGAAGACGGCGAAGAGAGCGAUGGGUGGAAGCGGGUGUGUUGUCUUACAUUAAUGUUCAUUGUACUUCUUAUUGGAACUGUAGCAGCUACUAUUUGUAUCGUUAUCUUCGGAUUGAAGUCUUUUUCGGAUUACAAACGUAAGUUUUAUUUUAAGUUAAGUAAUAAAAGUUAUAUUCAAGGAAAGUGCGCGACCUGCCCUGCUGAAUUCAAACUGUUUAUAUAAAACGAUUAUGCAAAUAUAAGAUCUUCACCAAAGUACUAAAUCGUGCUUUCUAGUAAAUCUCGACAAAAUCGAGAUCAAAAAUUUACUUUUUAAAUUUCCCACCAAUUGGCGUUAUGUUUCAUGCUUAUAAGGUUGUUAUUUUUUGACUUUUAAGCAUUUUAAUUUGAUUUACCAGGAGAAGACCUUUAAAUAGACGUAAUUUUUUAAAUUUGUAAGCGUAGCUUCUAUGUAGUCGAAAACGUACUUGAAACAUAAUGCCAAAUUUCCCAAAUUAGCGGGAAUUUCAAAUAUUUAAAUUUUAAAACUCAAAAGCGCCAGCUAAAACUUUUAUGGGUACUAUUGAUGGUAAAAAAAAUUCAUAUAAAAUUAGAGCUGAUUCUGAGUGGGGCCGAUUGGGUACUUUCCUUGUAAGUUUAUUAAACAUUUUUUGACUAAAGCAGUGUUAGAUGUGUAUGAACGUUAACUUUUUGUAAAGUUUAAUGUUUUGAAUAUUAAAUUAUUGUUAUUUUCAGCUGAAGAAACAUAA